AUGGCUUUGGACGUUCCUGAUGCCAUAGGUUGCUGCCUUUUCCCAACUACGUUGAAAGGAGUUGCUUUGAGGUGGUACUCAGCUUUGCCAUCAAAAUCAAUCAACAAUUGGGAAAAUCUUGAAAAUAUGUUCUUGGUAAGAUUUUCAACUAGCAAAGCUCAAUACAAAUCCACGCACGCGCUUCAAACGGUGAGGCAAGGUGCCAAUGAAACCUUGUGUGAUUUCCUCAACAAAUUUUUUGAUGAAGACUUGCUGGUAAGAGAUCUUGACCCACAAGUCUCUUUACAUCUUAUUAUUGAUGGUCUGAAAGAAGGACCAUUUCCUACGUCUUUGGCCAAGCAAAGGUCGAAGAUUAUUUAA